AUGGCAAGACCUCCACCAGUUUUAGACAAGUUCCGCCGAGUUAUACCUCUUCUUGACCCUUACAUGGAGCGAGCUUUAGAUCAAGCACAUGCUGAACAAUAUGCUUGCACUCCUUGGUUCGCGCCAGGCGUGAAAGAAAGACACUUCGUUGCAGAAACUGACCAUCUUUCAAUUACUUUACAUUAUGCAGGAUAUCCUGAUCCAAAAAUUACAUGGAAACAUAGAGGUUGGGAUAUUGAUGCCUCCGGGCCAACCUCAAACAUUCGUAUUUCCUCACAUGCUGGUGCUGAGACUACCAUCACAUUCCUAGGCUUUCAAAAGUCAAAUGCUGGGCAAUAUACCUGUGUGGCUGAGAACCAGUAUGGAAAAGCUGAACAAAAUUUACUUGUUGAUGUUGCUACCCGCCCAAAAUUCACUCAACCUUUAUCAAAUCGGGAUUACACUUCUGAUAAGCCAUUAAGGCUAAAUGUUCGUGUAGAAGGCAAUCCUGUGCCAGAGGUUAAAUGGCUUAAGGAUUGGCGGCCAGUUGCCGAAUCUUCACGCGUUCAUCUGAUUCAAGAAGAUUCGAAUUUGCGUACACUGCUUAUUGAUCAACCCAUUUGGAGCGAUUCCGGCAUUUAUACCUGUACUGCCUUCAACGACGCAGGUCAAGCAGUUACUUCUUGUACUAUUACUGUAGAAGUCGAAAAUGACUUUUUGAAAGAUUUCAAACUAAAAGACUUUCGAAAAUCUAUAAAAUUGGAGCGCGGACCUCUUCGAGAUAUUUAUGAUAUUCAAGAAGCUGUAGAUUAA